UGCUGCGUUUCCUUGACAACAGGACUGGUUUAAUCGUGGGCAUAAGGUUUUUGCAGAGGUACGCUCCGGGAUGUAAUGGUGCUAUCCUCGUUGACUUUCACCGUAUGCUCCUUGACAUGGCACUGGAUAUUUCUCUUGAGGAGUUCCGCCGCCGCUGGGAGGCCGAGAUUCGCGAGGUCACAGAAAGAUCCGAGCACGGGGUCUCUGUGAAGCGGAGACGCUCUGGAGAAGGGUCUGAUAAUGAGGAUGUGUGUGAGGAACGGGCGUGGAGACGUCUUCCUGGGUCACCUCAGAGGGAAGUGGAGGAGGUGGACAAUGGGUACCUGGAGCUGGCAGAGAGAUUGUUGGAGGAUAAGCCCAAAUGCACACCUCGGGAUGUUGAGAGGCCCUGCUGUAUUCCUUUGACUGACAAACCGAUUUCCAGCUUCCCUGCUAGAGCAGCAGGAAACAGCUUGGUUGACCAGCUCAUCUGUGAUUUGAAUGAUAUCAAUGAGAUUCCCUUCUUCGACAUCCAGCUUCCUUAUGAAAUUGCCUUACAGAUUUUUCAGUACUUGGGUAUGACAGAACUUGGAAGAUGUGCACAGGUCAGCAAGACAUGGAAAUUUCUUGCAGAGGAUGAAGUUCUGUGGCAUCGAUUGUGCCAAAAGGAAGGGUACACAACUGACGAAGAGGUCAGCACUUGUACAGCUUGGAAAAAUACCCUGAGAGAUAAGCUGACAAAAGAGAGCAUGCUGAAAACAAACUGGAAGAAUCGUAUUGGUGCCGUGAGUCAACUGCACUAUGAAUUGGGGAAGGUCUUGUGCGAUGUACAUUCAUGUGAUGGAGUUGUCCUUGCCGGAUACACUUCUGGAGAUGUUCGCUUGUGGGAUACACGUGCUUCAUGUUUUGCUGGCUCUUCUCUAGAAACUACCCAGAAUAAUCCAGAGAUUGGACAUAAUCCACAGGUUUCAUUUGUACGGAUAAAUCGGUCCUUGGCUGUGGCAGUUUAUAAUGAUGGUACUGUUGAUGUGUGGAGCCUUCAUAUUGGCCGGAAACCUAUUCAUCAUUAUCAGCACAAUCAAAAAAUCCAGGCUGUUGCUCUCUGUUCAGAUGCAGCUACCAUAGCUACAGCAUCUGGCUUCCAAGUCAAAAUGGAGUGUCCUGAUGAAAGAGGGUAUUGGCGUAGCAUCUCCCAUUUCCAGACUCAGAAACUAGUUAAUUUCCUUCACCUGGUUCAUGACUAUGACAGACACCCUGUGGCUAUAGCUGCUGCUGAAGAAAUUGUUUACCUCUUUAAGGAAGGAGAGCCUGAAAAAAUAUUACACUCUACCUAUGAUCACCCUGUCACCUGCUUGGAUGUUACCUUAACUCAAGCAGCAUUUGGAGUCAGAAGCUUUGGAUGGUUCUCAAAUCAUGGCAAUAAGAUUUAUGUUUACAAUUUACAAACAAGUCAGUGUGUCACAACAUUGGGUAACUCAACUGGAGAAUAUACAUGCAUGAACCUGAAGGACAGUCCUCCUCAUCUUCUGGUGACUGGAAACAAGGACAGGAGGGUGCGUGUGUAUGACAUGCGAUGCAGUAAAUCCCUCUGUUCAUUUUAUGCCCACCACCUUGGUGUCUCAGCAGCCUAUAUGGAUGAUUGGAAAGUAGUCUCUGGAGGAGAAGAGGGUCUGACGUGCGUCUGGGACCAGAGAAUGGGCACAAAGCUUUGGGAAAUGCAUGCUAGACAUCCAGUUCGCUACAUCUGGUUCAACUCACAAAGUCUUGUGACAGCAAAUAUUCCUGAUGAGAAAAAUCCUCGUGGGGCCAGCAUUAUGGAUGAUGACCUUACAGCACAUCGACGACAUCGAGGCACAAUCAAUGUAUAUGAGUUUUCUGUGGAUCAGAGGUCUGUCGAUAGCAUUUUACCAAUAUGUCGAUCCUCCUACAGUGAGGUGACUGGGUACAAUUAUAAUAUUGGCCUUGCAGUGCCAUAUGACCUUGUUUAAAAUGACAUAAGACUUUAAAGAGGAAAUUAAACCAGCUUCAUGUUUUGUUUUU